AUGCUCUCCCUUCUAACUUACUACUAUUAUAACUAUGAAUGUUUAAAGUACCGGCCCACAUCCCCGGCGGAAAGGACUACCCCCACCAGUGAUCGGGUUGGCGACGUGCCUCAGCAAAGUAAUAAUCAGCCGCAGAUCAGCAGGCUAGAUCAGAACCCAUUUAUCAGGAUGCAGGCCGAUGGCAACCUCGGCUCGCAGUCCUCCAACUCCAUGAAUCACUUAAAGGGUGGUGCCGGCUUCUCUGCUGGCCUCAGUUCCUCCACAGGCGUCGACUAG